CCAACCAAACAGCUCUUGGCGGCUUGCUCGUCUGACCUGUCGCUGGUUUCGAGUGUGAGUUUAAUCCAAUUAUGUGUUCAGAGCCUUACGCCUAAGAAUAGUUGCCAACAGCAAAGGUUUCCCGUAUUCGCGUAUGUGGAAGGACGCCACACACCAUUGAUGUGUGGAAUCAUGAAUUACCUGCGAGCGUGAAUCAGCCGUUAUGGAGAAGCGGCCAGACGGCAUGGAGUGAUCCGGAGGAUGUUGGAGCAAAGCUGGGAGCAGUGAAGAGACACACCGUCACGCACACUCUCUCUCACACACACACACACGGAUUCUUCACAUACACUACGUAUGAUACGAGGCGUGCGCAAAGACGGUGCGGGAUGAGCAGCACAUUUGUCACAUUGGCGGAAGUGUUGGAGGCCCGAGGGGGCCCUCUAGUGGAGGAGGAGGUGUGGUCGCUGCUGAUGGGCACUGCAGAGUCCCUCGUGGAUGUGUCCUACAGGGGUAACAACAGCAUCUACAACAUCAUCAGCCCCAGCUCCUUGUUGCUCUCCGCCACGGGUACCCUGGCGUUCAAGAACUGUGCGCUGUCCGAUGAGGUAUCAACUUUCACCGCUCCGGAGAUGCUGCAGGGCCGGGCCAGCUCAGCCAAGCCUGCCAUAGAGCGGAUGCUGGUGUACUCCCUGGGAAUGACUCUGUACUGGUCAGUCGACUAUCAUCUACCUCAGAACCAGCCUGUUCAGUUGAGUGACAACCUGAACGGCCUCCUUCUGAGCAUGUGCGAGGACCUGGUCCACCGCAGGUUGAACCUGAACUCCAUCCUGGAGGCCUGUGAGUCUCAGAACAAGACCACGCUCCUGCCCCCUCCCUCCAAAGUCAUCCGUCAGCUGGUGGAUGAGGUCCUUCACGAGUCGCUGGACCACGGCUCUCUCUCGGACAGCAACGUCCCUCUGAGCGGCAGGAGCCAGAUGAUCAGAGAGCGUCUUCACGGGCGGAGGGGGCAGUUUGCUGAUUUCAGCGACGGCUCUGCGGCAGAAGGGAGAAGAUACUCAACAGACUCUGACUCAAAGUCAGGGAGUCUACCUCCGCGACCCUGGAGGCACAGACCAAGGAGCUCCCCCAUCCCUCUGUACCCCUCUUCUUUAGACAGGUUCCCUCGUGGCGUCCGUCACCGGGACAGCACCAGCAGCUGGCUCUGUCGUAGUCCCCAUCAGGACACGUCACCCAAGGCUUCGGUCCGAACACACAGUCCCUCCAUCACCUUCAGCGAGUCCUCGCUCAGCCUCAACCAGAGGAAGGCCAAGGCGCUGGGUCCCGAGUUCCUCAGGAUGACGGACGACCAACAACAGACGGUUCUCGAGCUGCCGGGAUCCAUCGUGUCCAAGAAGGGCCGCUCGUGCGCGUCCCAGCGGGAGGUGAAUGUGACGCUGCCUAGUGCCCAGUGUGUUGUGGUCCGCUGCGACCUUAAGUCCAGGGCCAGGGAUGUGUUUGACAUGGUGGUGGCCCAUGCAAACCUGGUGGAGCACUUCUACUUUGGCCUUGCCUUCCUAGAUGAUGAUGAAUAUUUUUUUUUGGAUCACGAGAUCAAAAUAUCGAAAGUCGCCCCAGAGUAUUGGAAGAAAAUGCCGUUGUCCACCUUUGCAUUGUUUUUACGCGUGAAAUUCUAUGUGGACGAUAUCUCCUUCGUUUUACACAGACUGACUCGUCACCAGUACUUCCUGCAGAUGAGGAAGGACAUCCUGGAAGACAGGCUACACUGUAACGAGGAGACAGGCAUGUUCCUGGCGGCUCUCGCCCUGCAGGCAGAGUUUGGGGAUUACAUGCCAGAGCUGUACGGUAAGAGCUACUACCAACCCGAGCACUACGUCUCUAAGAGGAUGCUGGAGACGAUGGCUCUGCCCACGCUGAAGGAGGAGCUACCGCGGCUCCACGCUCGCCACGCCCAGAUGCUGCACGAGGAGGCCGAGAUCGAGUACCUCAAGAUCACCCAGCAGCUGCCUGAGUACGGCGUGAUGUUCUACCGGGUGGGCCGGGAGAAGAGGCCGGUGGUGGGAGAGCUGGUGCUGGGCAUCUGCGCCAAGGGGAUCGUCCUCUACGAGACCAAGAACCACAUGCGCACGGUCACCCGGCGCUUCCUCUGGAGGGAGACCGACUCCAUCUCCACAGGGCGGCGGAAGCUGACCCUAGAGUGUGGCGGACCCAGCGGGAAGAAGCACAGCUUUGUGACGGAGAGCUCCAAGAUAGCCCAGUACCUGCUGAACCUCUGCUCCGCCCAGCACAAGUUCCACAGUGAGAUGGCGUCCAGACAGCUCAACCACAGCGCGGUGCAAGAGGAGAGCAUGGAGAAGUACGCGGACGCGGUGUGCCGCCUGCGCAACAACGAGCUGAAGCGCAUCUCGUGCUCAGAGGGCAUGCUGAACAUGGUGGGGCUGGCGGCCGGCCAGCAGGACGCCCUGUCCAAGUCCUGCGACAACCUGACAGCCAAGCUGGAGGCCCGGCUGCGGCAGCAGAGGGAGCUGCGCAGGGAGAUGAGCCGGGAGAUGGUGAUGUCCGGGAGCAACAGGGAGCUCUCGGAGGCAGAAGACCCCCGGGAGGCCAGGGAGAGACAGGGCUGCACCAGCUCGGCAGAUGUCUUUCCCAGAUGGAUGUCCAGUGUCUCUCUCCAGAAACAGGACUCCUCUUCCUCCAUACGAUUCGACACUCCGACCAGAACCCCACCAGAGAGAGAGAUCAUCUGCGUGACCAUAAAGAAAGAUCCCAAAUUAGGCUUCGGGUUCGUGAUCGUGGGAGAGGACAACACCGGUAGACUGGACUUGGGCAUCUUCAUCGCCUCCAUCGUCCCCGAGGGCCCAGCGGAUAAGGACGGCAGAAUCCGACCAGGGGGGCGUCUGAUCUCUCUGAAUAAGACCAGUCUGGAGGGGGUGACGUUCAGCGAUGCCGCCGCCAUCCUGCAGUCCAGCCCGGACGAGGUGGAGCUCAUCGUGUCCCAGCCCAAACGUACGACCCGCUCCUGAUUCAUCCUGCUGGCUCCUAGGUCCAUACUCUCCCUGAAGGACAGUAAGAGCUUCCUGACCCAGAGUAACCUGGGGCUGGCCCUGGAGAAAGGCUUCGGCUCCCAGACCACCCUGAACAGCACCGAGUUCAGACCUGCCAUGGAGGAGCUGGAGGAGGCCCUGGCCCUGGCCAACAUGGCCGCCCCCAAGCUGGGCCGGCGGCUCCACGUCCCCGUGGUGCGCAUACUGGACGCCCAGGACCCCUGUUCCAGAUCUCCCUCCAUCUGCAGUCUCAAAAUGGGGGAGCAGCUGAUCGUGGAGCUGAAGAAGAACGAUGGUAGCCUUGGCAUAAGUGUGGCUGGCGGGAUAAACACCAACGUGCGUUUUGGAGGGAUCUACAUCAAGACUCUGGUGUCGGGUGGCGCGGCCGAGCUGGACGCCAGAAUCCAAAUAGGGGACAGACUGCUGGAGGUUGAUGGUUUCAACCUGAGGGGCGUGACUCAUCGACAGGCUGUGGAGUGCCUGAAGAGGACUGGAGAGGUGGUGAGUCUGCUUUUGGAGAGAGAGCCCAUGGUGGUUCUGGAUACCAGGUCUGAAUCGCCCUGCCCCCCCCUGGCCCACAGCCAAUCACUGGCCAUGAAGAUCGACGUCCCCAUGGAAACGACCUUGAGUGGCAAGCCCAAGGACUACAGCUUUGUAACCGAUGAGAACAGCCACGAGGUGGUCCUGAAGAAGAGCCCGUGCGGCCUGGGCUUCAGCUUCUUCAUCACCCAGCCGCCGGGCGGAGUCAGCCUGGUGCGCAUCAAGAGGCUGUUCCCGGGGCAACCGGCCCACGACAGCGGCCUGCUGAGGGAGGGGGACGUCCUGCUGGCCGUCAACGGGGACCGCGUCAGGGGCCUCUCGUACCAGAGGGUUUUGUUCCUGCUCCGAGGAGCUCCUUCAGACGUCCAGCUGCUCAUCUGUAGACCGACCGCAGGGGAGCUCACCGAGAUGGACGAUAACACACUGAGCCCCCGGCCGGGCCGGGAGGUCCGCUCCAAGUCCCUGGACCUGCGCCUGGGGGAGGACAACUACAGCCAGCUCCUGCGCUUCCAGUUCGAGCACGGGCUGGGCCCGCGGCCCGGGGGCCCCCCCCAGGGCCCCCCCCAGGGCCCCCAGGAGUCGGUGUCGGCCGCCGACCUGACGGGCACCAAGACCCCCGACCCGCCCCCCUCCGGGGAGUCGGCCCCCCAGCAGAGCCAGGACAGCCUGGACAGCCUGCAGAGCCUGGUCAGCGACCCCUGCCCCGAGCCCCCCGCCGCCACGCCCCCCCCCUCCCCGCCGCACCCCGCCUCCGCCCCGCAGCCCGCCUCCCCGCCCACGCCCCCCUCCCCCCCCUCCCCCCCCUCCCCCGCCUCCCCCGCCUCGCCCAGCGCCCCCACCGCCCGCCGCUUCCCCCUGCCCCCGCCCGGCCCGCUGUGGGACGGCCGGCCGAGGACGGAGGCGGCGGGGGGGGCGAAGGAGCACGGGGAGGGGGGAGCGCCGGAGGGGCGGGGCCGGACCCCCCGGCCGGGGGCGGAGCUCCUGGAGAGGGGCGGGCCCCGGAAGGCUCCCAAGCCCAUGUACACCAGCGGAAUCCGGGAGGAUGCGGACGGAGGCAUGACCUACUGCAUGAUGGGUAACGGGCUGACCAUCCUGGCGGACGAGGAGUACCUCACCAUCAGCUCCACGGUCGACCCCGCCCGCGACCCCGCCCGCGGCCACGCCCCCGGCCACGCCCCCGGCCACGCCCCCAGCCACGCCCCGCUGGCCGCCCAGACCCCCAGCCCCCCCCCUCUGAUCCCCCACACGCCCGCGGCCAACGCUAACCCCAGCGCCCCCCCCAGCCACCUGGCGACCGUGUUCAGCCGCUACAGCCUCCACCACCCGGCGCACCACCUCCCCCCCCCCAGCACCACCCCGGGGGGUCCGGCCGCUCCACCGGCCCCCGCCGGGAUCCUGACCAGCAGCUCCCACGCGCACCCCUCCCCUCAGGGCCGCUCGGCCCCGCAGCCCAAGGCCCCCCUGUACCCCCAGAGGGACCCCCACCCCCACCCCGCUCUGAGGGGCGGCUGCCGGUCCCUGGGGGCCCCGGCCCACCCCCCGGCCCAGCCGCCGCCGCCGCCAACACCCCCAAAGACCCUGCUGCCCCCCCCCGCGCCCAUCACCACCCAGGUGCUGCCCACGGCGCGGUCCCCCGUGCUGCUCAGCCCCGACGUGCUGGUCAGCCUCAUGCCCAAGGAGGUGUCCCCUGAGUGGAGCAUCAAGCAGUACAACGACUACACCUUCGCCGACUACGGAGAGAACGAUGAGGAGGACGAUGACCCUCGAGAGGGGCUGAACAAGGAGUUUGAGCUGUCGGUGGAGCUGACUAAGUCCAGGAACGGGAGCUUUGGGUUCACCAUCGCCCGCAGCAAGCUGGACAACAGCUACUACGUCCAGGACAUCCUGGACAACCCGGCCCGGGCCGACGGGCGCCUCCGGUCAGGGGACCGGCUCGUCACGGUCAACGGCCACGAUGUGACCCGCGUGGCGGACGAGCUCGCUAUGACCAUCCUGCGGUCGUCUCCGCGCCACCUGAGCAUGACCCUGGGGAGGGCCGUGAGCAACCUGGUGGCCCCCCCGUCCUGCGACAGCCUGCCGGACAUCGUCCUGCACAAGACCCCCUCGGGGCAGCUGGGCAUCAAGCUGACCGGGGGCAUUGGCAGCCCCUGGCAGGGGAUCUACUGCCUGGAGGUGGUGCCCGGCUCGCCCGCCAGCGAGGAGGGCAGCGUCCAGCCCAACGACAAGAUCGUCUACAUCUGCGGCCGCUGCACCCUGGGGAUGAGCCUGGAGGACGCCGUCAAGGCCUGCGAGAUCGCACCGCGCAAGGUCAAGCUCAAGGUCAUCAGAGAAGACCAUCCAGUGACUCCCAAGGCAAAGUGGAACGGCCUUUUUGAUUGGAAGAAAGACAGGAAGUUCUUUGCUCGUUUUGAGGACCCAAACUCUCCAGAGAAAGAAGCUUCCACUGUAGAAACCGAUUGUAAAACCGCGGGGAAGUUCACCUCGCGCCUCUCUCUCCCCUCAGACCGCGAUAGUUGCAUCAUGCAGCUGGACUUCACUAAGCCCGCGAACAGCGGGCUGGGCUUCGCUCUGAUUGGUGGAGCCAACGGCAGCGUGCUGCGGGUGAAGGAGAUCUGCACUGGGGGUCUGGCGGAGCAGGACGGGCGACUGCGGGUGGGGGACAUCCUGUUGGAGGUGAACGGCGUCAUCGUCUCGGGGCUGAGCCACGGGAAGGUGGUGGACAUCCUGCGGCGGGCGGAGGGCGUGGUCCAGCUCACCAUCUGCCGCGACUUCCUGUCGGCGGCGCACCCCAGAGCCCCGCCCCCGGCGGCCGACAGGACCCUCAGCCUCGGCCCCGUGUGGACCGACCCCGGCCCGGACCCCUGCGGCUCCCCGGAGGCCGCGCCCAGCAAGCCUGUGGAGCAUCGCCCCGAAGCAGCACCCAACCCGACCGUAGAGGUGGGUGUUUUUGCCGCCGCUAACCCAUAUCCUAUACAUCGGUUGGCUGUUGUAAGAGAUGAGAACGCCAUAGACCAGGAGAGCUGUAACAGCACCCCGUCCCACCCGGCCUGCUGCCCCUCCCUCAGCGUCUCUGACAUGCUGCACGGAGCCUCCGACAGGAAACAAUUUGUGACCACGCUAUUGGAGCAGCACCCUAAGUGCAUCAGAAUCAACCAAUCGGAUGGCUGGAGCAGCGACGAAGAAGACGAGGAUGCCGUGCAACUCAACCGACAGGAAAUGACAUCAGUCCCUACAGGGCCACCCAUCGUGUCGGAGGGAGAGCUGGCCAGCCUAGCGCUGAUCACCCCGUCCAAGAACAGUCGGUACUACGGCUCCCGGGUCAAAGCUCUGAUCCAGAUCCUGCAGAACCAGCUGGACCAGGAGGAGCUGGUGAAGGAGUUCAUGGCUCUGGAGCAUCUGAAGCCCUCCGACAACUGUCUGGUGGGCAAGGCCCCCGAGAACCGAGACAAGAACCGAUACAGAGACAUUCUGCCCUACGACAAGACCCGCGUGGCUCUGGGCGAGGCGCGGGACUACAUCAACGCCAGCUACAUCCGCAUGGCGGUGGGCCCGGAGGAGUUCCAGUACAUCUCCUGCCAGGGCCCGCUGCCCGCCACCGCCCGCGCCUUCUGGCAGAUGGUCUGGGAGAACAAGUCCGACGUGGUGGCCAUGAUGACGCAGGAGGUGGAGCGCGGACGCAUCAAGUGCCACAAGUACUGGCCCGAGACGCCGAGCCAGGCGCUGGAGGAAGGCCGCUUCCAGCUGCAUCUGGUCAACCAGCAGAGCCUCGACUACUUCCACAUCAAGGUCAUACGCAUGGAGGAGACACAGACCGGGGCGACACACGUUGUCCGCCACCUGAAGUUCACCCACUGGCCGGACCACGGCGUGCCGCACAGCUCGGAGCAGCUGGUGCGCUUCAUCCGGUACCUGCGGGCAGUGCACCACAGCGGGCCGCUCACCGUGCACUGCAGCGCCGGGAUCGGACGCACGGGCGUGCUCAUCUGCACCGACGUCAUCCUCAGCCUCAUCGAGAACGACCUGCCGAUUAAUGUGGGGGACAUUGUGAGGGACAUGAGGCUUCAGCGGUACGGGAUGAUACAGACUAAGGAACAGUACCUCUUCUGCUACAAGGUCUGGCUGGAUGUUUUGCAGGGAAUCCUGCGUCUUCAUGGUAACCAAUGGCAACCAGACGCUCCUCUAGAGAUCCAAAUGGUCUGAAGCGCUCCCCUUUGGGCUCCGUGAAGGACAGACUCUGUGAGACAAUGUACAUUUCUUUCCUAACAGGUGUCGAUAGAUACACUGAAACCAUUUGCCUGCGAGGGUUAAGUUAACUUUGUUGAUCGCUGUUCUGUUUUGAUAUCUUUGCGCUAAGGCCUGUUUUUAUAGGAAUAUUAUCAGGAGGGACGGAGGCAGGAAGAGGAAGAUGAAUGGACGGCUUUCAUUUCAUUUCUUUCUUGUUGUUUGGCGUUGCCCCAUUCCAGUACACCCUCCUACCACCAUACUGACACGUUCGGAUAGGGCAAGCUUCUCACCGUCGACCAUUUGCCUUCAGUGUGAAGCGUUUUUUUUUAAUGUUCGUAGCACAAGAAUCUUUUUGAUCUUUCAUCGUCGCUGUUCAUGUUGGGAUACGCGUUUGUUUUUUAACAACAUCCACAGCUGUGUUCCUUGAAGCAAAACAGUUGUGUUAGGCACACUAGUUAGUUACAAGCACAUGUUCCACGCAGCACAAUAGUACGUACAUAAGUUAACACAAAUUAGCACAAGGGGUAAGUACUUCAUACCAACGUUUAUUUGUAAGUGCAUUUCAGAGCUAGAUGUCCGGGCGCAGGGUGGAAGGCCUUGUUUGUUUUGCUAUAGAUCUCCAUCCGAAGAGGAAAAGAUUUAAGUGCCUUGGGAUGACUCACUGCUCUGGUUCCAUGUUGACCCCCGAGAGGUCAUAGGUCACCAUGUGAUGUAGAACUCGGCUAAGGAGUGAGAGGUUGAUCUGGGAGCACGCCUCAGUGCUGGGAGGGGAACGCCGCUCGUUCUGUGCUCUACUGCUUUCCCAUUGUUAGAGGUUUUAAGUUUUAUUUUUCAGUCAACAGGGAUGGAGGUCUUGUACCGUGCGUCCCCUUUAACGAGUUGUUUGUCCUAUUUUGUACAGUGUAGGAUAGGAUCAUUGCUGAAAAUAGUAGUAUAAUCUAUUCAUCAGACGUCAGAACAGAGGAAGAAUAAUAUAUUAUAUAGGUGGACCCCUCUGUUAUUUUCAGAAGUAGGAGUUCUAAUGCAACUCUAACUAUGUUUAAA